AUGUUUCCACCUCACCCACAAUCUGAUCGAUUCUCAUGUUUUCAUCACCAUACAAAGGAAACGUCUGGUCCACUUUUGUAGUGUUUGGGGCUUUGUCAGACAAACGGGCACCGGCCCUACAAUAUGUGGACGUAGCCUCCAAGCUGCCCUCAUAUGCCCUCAUGUUAUCUGGAUUGCAGAGUGCUUAGGAGGAACUUGUGCUUCUUUCUCUCCGACCUUCUUUGGUCCACCAGCAGUGAUGUAUAGCAGCGGCUACUCCCAGGUGUCCAAAGCCAACCGGCAGGCUCAAAAGAAGAUGCAGUAUCGGUCAAAGGGCAAAAGCUGUGGCUACUACAUGAGGAUCAUCUUCUUCUUCUCCUCACUGAUUCAGUCACUCAUCAUAGUGAGCCUGGUUCUCUUCUUGGUCUAUGGCAAGACGCAGGACUCUGCUUCAACAACACGCAUACAGGACUUGGAGGAGAGCUUCAGUCGGCUCUCCAUUGAGAACGUCGCCCUCAGGCAGCAGAGGAGGAACCUGACAACACUACUCAACGUCACCCUAACUGAGAAGACCCGCAACGGCUGGGACCUGCUGAGAAUUCGACGCUUGUCAAACAUGUCUGUGAUGUUUAUUCAAGACCUGGACAAGAGACUGCAACAGACAAAUAUUGAACUGAUGAUGUGCAGGAACCAGGAGCGUUUUCCUCCAAACUGCCCACAACCUCUACUGCGAACAGUGUCUCAGAUUGGAGGUGAUAACUGUGGGCUGCAGAUGGAGCGGGUGACUGCUAGACUUGAACUUGUGGAAUCCAACUUUACGCAAACAACACAGAAGAUGAGAAUGGAAAUCGACCAGAUUACCAAAGACAGGGACAACUUUAACCUGGAAGCCAUCCGUCUAAGAAGAGACAAGGCCGUUCAUCUAAAGGAGAUUGAGUUUUGCAGACAAAGAUGCAAAGAAGACUUUGUUCAGUCCUUGAGUGGUGUCUCCAAUGUCUCAAGAGCUUUUCUACUGAAGAUUGAAUCCCUCUUCCCGGCCCACAUUGCCUUCCAGCUCACCUGUGAGAAACAGAGAGAUCACUUGGAGCAGAUCCGCAUCAACUGCACCAGUUUGUCUCGAGAGGUGGAGGACAGGUUCCAGAGCUACCUGAAUAAUGUAGGUGAUCAUAUGUCUGAGAUCCAGUCUCAGAACAGCCGCUUGAAGGCUGAGAACCUGCGACGGUCUGAUGACUACCGUGUAUGCAGUCAAAACCGCUCGGGUCUGAUCAUAGAGCACAGACAAACCCUAGAGAAGCUUCAGCUGAAACAUGACAACGACUAUGAGAGGCUUCUUUUGGAGAAAAACAGGUUCAGCGGAGAUAUUGAAGUCCUGGAAAACAGCGUCAAAUACAAAAAUAAAGAAGUACAACACCUCACAGAGCAACUCAGGCAGCUCACCAUUUCCUGCAUGCCUAAGACUGGAUUUGGUGGCUUACCAGGACCUGGCAUGGGACAGUUUGGGAGGGGAGGUUCUGAUGGUUUUAGCUCAAACUUCAAUUCACCCGCUUUAGGAUCAGGCAAACCAGGAUUAACUGGGUUGGGCUCAUCAACGUUUGGGUCAACUGGGUUAAAUCCAAAUCUUGGUUCAACUGGCUCAGGAUUAAAUAGGUUUGGAUCAACUGGGUUGGGCUCCUCAAGUGUCAGUUCAACUGGUUUAGGAUUAAACAAACAGGGUUCAACUGGGUUGGGCUCCUCAAGUGUCAGUUCAACUGGGUCAGGAUUAAACAAACUAGGAUCAACGGGGGUGGGCUCUUCGAGUCUUGGUUCAACUGGGCCAGGAUUAAACAAACUAGGCUCAACAAGGUUAGGUUCCUCUGGUCUUGGCUCAGCUGGGUCAGGAAUAAAUAAACCAGGCUCAACAGGUUUAGGUUCCUCUGGUCUUGGCUCAGCUGGGUCAGGAAUAAAUAAACUAGGCUCAACGGGUUUAGGUUCCUCUGGUCUUGGCUCAACUGGGCCUGGAUUAAACAAACCAGGCUCAACAGGGUUAGGUUCCUCUGGUCUUGGCACAGCUGGGUCAGGAAUAAAUAAACCAGGCUCAACAGGUUUAGGUUCCUCUGGUCUUGGCUCAGCUGGGUCAGGAAUAAACAAAUUAGGUUCAAAUGGGUUAGGCUCCUCAAGUCUCGGCUCAAAUAGGUCAGGAAUAAAUAAAUUAGGUUCAAAUGGGUUAGGCUCCUCAAGUCUUGGCUCAACUGGGACAGGAUUAACCAAACCAGGGUCAACGGGAUUGGGCUCUUCGAGCCUUGGGUCAACUGGGUCAGGAUUAAAUAAAUUAGGAUCAAGUGGUUUGGGCACUUCGAGUCUUGGCUCAACUGGAUCAAAUAAUAAACCAACAUCAAGUCUUAUAAGCUCUGGUCUUGGGUCAAGUGGGUCAUUGAGUUCUGUAUUUUCCCGGUUGGGGCUUGCGUCAAGCAACAGUAACACGGGACAAAGUAAGCCAGGAAGUGGAACAGGAAGAGGAACAUCAAGUGGAUCUUCACUUGGAACAGGACGGACCGGUGGUCUGGGAGUUGGAUCACUCCCCAUUGCUCAGCACCUUGAAGAGCUGCAACGUAUCAUCAACCCCUCUUACUCCUAUGAAGAGAGACAAGAGCUGUCCAGAAUGUUGGGUUAGUCCAUCGUAAGGAAAAAUGAAAACUGAGAGGGAUUUAUCAAUGCCAGCCCAUAAAGUUCCCCAUGGCUUUCUUUAUAUGUGUUUUAUAAUAUGCUCUCUUCAAGAUGUUGAAUACUACAAUAUGCACAUUCAAAAGAAUAUACAAACUUAAGCACUUUUUUAUACAGAAUUUGAAAUCUGUAUUUUAAUCACAUGUAUCUCUAAGUGUGUACAAUUGUGAGAACAAGCACAUGUGGUAUUUUUAAACUUGCAAAUACAGAAGUCUUUGUUCAA